GGCAGGUGCACGGCACGGGGAUGUUUAUAUCUAGCCUUGUCUCCGUGAUCCUAAAUCACCUCCGAUCUGUUGAUUUAUAUUGAAGAGAAGAGAAGGAAGAGAAUGGGGAGUUCAGGAUUUUCAUGGAAGUUACCGGAACACCCGAAGCUCCCUAAGGAUAAGAUCUUGGCCAUGGUAGUUUUGGACGGCUGGGGCGAAGCUAAGCCAGAUCCUUACAACUGCAUCCAUGUUGCCGAGACUCCCACCAUGGAUUCUCUUAAACAGGGUGCUCCUGAAAAAUGGAGGUUGGUUAAGGCUCAUGGUAGUGCAGUAGGGCUUCCAACUGAAGAUGACAUGGGAAACAGUGAAGUUGGUCACAAUGCUCUUGGUGCUGGUCGGAUAUUUGCUCAAGGAGCAAAGCUAGUUGAUCUUGCUCUUGCCUCUGGAAAAAUUUACGAAGGAGAAGGCUUUAAAUACAUUAAGGAAAGUUUUGAAACUGGCACAUUGCACCUCAUUGGAUUGUUGAGUGAUGGUGGUGUCCACUCCCGGCUUGAUCAGUUACUGUUGCUGCUAAACGGUUGUGGUGAGCGUGAUGCCAAAAGAAUUCGUGUUCAUAUACUUACUGAUGGCCGUGAUGUUUUGGAUGGUUCAAGUGUAGGCUUUGUAGAAGCCCUUGAGAAUGAACUCGCAAAAUUACGUAAGAAAGGUGUUGAUGCACAGAUCGCAUCUGGUGGAGGUCGCAUGAAUGUCACAAUGGAUCGUUAUGAGAAUGACUGGGAAGUUGUAAAACGUGGAUGGGAUGCUCAAGUACUUGGUGAAGCCCCAUACAAGUUUAGAAAUGCUGUUGAGGCUGUCAAGAAACUGAGGGAGGAACCUGGUGCAAACGACCAGUACUUACCACCAUUUGUUAUUGUUGAUGAGAAUGGGAAGCCUGUAGGCCCAAUAGUGGAUGGGGAUGCUGUUGUGACAAUCAACUUCAGGGCGGAUCGAAUGGUUAUGAUUGCAAAGGCCCUUGAAUAUGAAGAUUUUGAUAAAUUUGAUCGAGUUCGAUUCCCUAAAAUCCGUUAUGCUGGAAUGCUUGAGUAUGAUGGCGAGUUGAAGCUUCCGAGCCACUACCUUGUUUCUCCGCCAGAGAUAGAUAGAACAUCUGGUGAAUAUUUGGUCCAUAACGGUGUCCGUACUUUUGCUUGCAGUGAGACUGUUAAAUUUGGGCAUGUAACAUUUUUCUGGAACGGAAACCGGUCAGGGUAUUUUAACCCUGAGAUGGAAGAAUAUGUUGAAAUUCCGAGUGAUUCUGGCAUUACAUUCAAUGUCCAGCCAAAGAUGAAGGCAUUGGAAAUCGGUGAGAAGGCUAGGGAUGUUAUCCUUAGCCGCAAAUUUCAUCAGGUACGUGUGAACAUACCAAAUAGUGACAUGGUGGGGCAUACAGGUGACGUUAAAGCCACUGUUGUGGCUUGCAAGGCCGCUGAUGAAGCUGUCAAGAUGAUACUUGAUGCAAUAGAGCAGGUGGGAGGAAUAUAUGUUGUCACCGCAGAUCAUGGUAAUGCUGAGGACAUGGUGAAAAGGAACAAGAAGGGGGAGCCUGCUCUUGACAAGAAUGGCAAUGUCCAAAUUCUUACUUCUCACACUCUUCAACCAGUACCUAUUGCAAUUGGAGGUCCUGGGUUGGCACCUGGUGUGAGAUUCCGGAAGGAUGUGCCUACUGGUGGGCUCGCAAAUGUGGCUGCUACUGUGAUCAACCUCCACGGAUUCGAGGCUCCUAGUGACUAUGAGCCAACACUCAUUGAGGUCGUAGAUAACUAGCAAGUCAAUGACAAUUAUCGAAAUCUCUAAAAUUUUGACUUUAUGUCAUUGGCCAAACUUCAAUAAUUUAUGGGUAUGAGUCAUCUCAGCAGUGGUGUUAAUUUUCCAAUCUGGUGUUUUCAAAGUGCCAUUGAUAUAAGAAUAUUUUGGCAGUUGUUUGUUACUGCCAUCACUUUUUUUGUUUGCCUUUUUUCAUCAUCAAUGAAGUAUUUUACAAGAUGUUUAUUUUAGUAUUAAAAUUUUACUUUCGAGGA